AUGCCUAGAGCUCUCGUUUUAGUAAAUCUUCUCACGGCAAAGCUCUCCACUUCACAAACGACGUCAUGUACUAAUGGCUCAGCUGAUGUUUGCACGCCCCUCAUGAGCGUCUCUCUGCCUCUCCCUAAGCAGCCGUGCUUCGAGAAAAUCUAUGUUUUCGGGGACUCCCUUGAAGACAUGGGAAACUUGGCAAAGAGCACCUCUCUUUUAAUUCCACCCUUAUCACCAAGGGCCGAUUCUCAAAGGGAGGAGUCAUCACAGAUUACUUUGGAAAGGGACGUGCCAGUCCUAGUGAAAGUAUCCUUCGACAACGAGAUCCGGUGGUUUCGCUCAAAAAGGGAGAGAUGUGAUCCUAGAAAGUCUGGUCGUGUUGCUGCUCUUGUUGGUGGAGGUGGAAAUGACUACAAUAUUCAAGACGACAGGAAUCGAAGCGUAUCAAGCAUCAUGGAGACGGUCCCGGAUGUGGUGCGCAAGGUGGUCGACACAGUAAAGAACGGUGAUUGUUCUCAACGUGCCACAGCCACACCAGACUAUCGCUUGAGACAUCCGGCCGAGGAUCUGGACGAGUUUGGGUGCGUUAAGGCGAUUGGAGAAGUUGUCAAGAGGCACAACUCGAUGCUGGAAGCUGCUUUGCUGGCGCUGUAUAACAAGCCACAUUCAAGCAUUCCUUGCGCAAACCCUCAGGAGCACGUUUACUUCGACUUUGUUCACUUCACAGACCAUUUUAACAAGCAAGAGGUGCGGGCAUUUGCUUCUACCAAAAACGAGAAAGUGAUGUCUUUGCUGGACGUCUGUGAUCCCCGUCCCAAAGAUGCAUCAAAGUGUAAGGAAAUCUCUUUUUUUGUGAUUUUAGGGUUUACGAGGAAACCCUAA